AUGACUAUUGAAGUGACUGAAUUGUGUGUAACAGUGCAAAUUCUUCGAACAAUAUCCACCAAGUUGAACAUCAAGGAUUGGAACACCAUCAAUCGAAACUCUUGUGGCAGUGCACAUUUGAACCACACAACCGACUUCAGUACUCAAAACAGUGUUACAUGCAACUGUACAUUUGAUGAUGGCGCCGUUUGUCAUGUCACAAACAUAAGGGUGAAGAGAUUUAAUUUGAAUGGAGUUCUGCCAGAGGAACUUGGAAACCUUACUCAACUGCUUGAAAUUGAUCUGACUCUCAACUAUAUUAAUGGAACAAUCCCGGCAAGACUUGGACAGCUCCCUAACCUUAAGAUUUUGUCUCUUAUGGCAAACCGUCUCAACGGUCCAAUUCCUCCAGAAAUAGGCAACAUUACCACACUGGAGGAGCUGGUCCUGGAAGAUAAUCUGCUAGGAGGGCCUCUUCCUGAAGAACUUGGAAAAUUGAGAAGAUUACGUAGACUUGUUCUUUCUGCAAACAAUUUUACAGGAACGAUACCAGAGACAUUUGGCAAUUUAAGGAAUUUAACUGAAUCUGGGAUUGAUGGGAGCGAACUGUCAGGGAAGAUACCUGAAUUUAUCGGGAACUGGACCAAAAUUGAAAGAUUGAAGGUUCAUACACACGAAGAAAUUGAUUUUUUCUGCGGUCUUGUUCUUCAGGAGAAUAUCCGAUUUGAGUGGAUCAAGUUCAGCUUUCCCUACACUACAGGACAUGAAAAAAAUGGAAAAUCUGGUUUUGAAUGA